UGGCUGGUUAGCCAAUUCCUCGUUAUGCCUAUAUCUUUUGCAAGAAUGCACUUGAUAGAGGGUCCUAACAGUAUGGUAGGAGGAGGAUGGGGGAUACCUGCAAAUGUAUAUCGGGCAAACGUUUUGGCGACUACUUAUAUCAUGGAGGAACUUAUAAAAAAUGUCCUUGUUCCCCUUAUUUAUGGUAAAGAGCCACGGUUUUAUAUUACCAAUCCCUUAGAUUACGCAAAAGCUGUACUGAAUGCGGUGGAGCAUUAUGAAAGAUUCAGUCCCCUAGGUGGGAAAAGUGCGUGGGAUAUAUUAGGUCCUGCGCCAGCUCAAGCGGGUAGGCUGGGGACUGCUCUCUACGAGGUUUAUAACGAAGACAAUCGAAAGAAGAAAGAUCAAGCUCAAGCAAGAGCCGUCAAUGAAACUCUGAACACCAUUGUUCCCUUUCAAAACCUCUGGUACACGAAGUCUGCGACCAUUUUGUCAAGGAAAAGCUGGAUGAUGUUGUCAAUCCAGGGGGCAGAGCAAGGGGAUUAAAAGCUCCGAGCUUUUCUAAACCGACAGUGCUGACACCUUGUUCAUUCAUUCGACUCACAAGAAACCAAACAGCGGUUUCUCCUUGGUCCAAGCAAAGUGAAGAACUUAAAGACAAAAUAUUGACCCCUCUUCCCCCUACUGCGUGGGCGUGCCAAGCUCCCCCCUCCUUGGAAUUGGGGGAAAUGCUACAUCCCAAAAGUUGACCGUUGCGAUUCAGUACCCACAGAAUGGAAUAAGGAUCUUCCUGAUAGGCCAUCUGCCUUAUUCGAUGGUCAAAAAGAUGAUCGACAUAUUGGGUUAGCUCUAAAAAUUGAAAUCCUUGCUCACUCGCACCGCUCACAACCUGAAUCUUUCUACCAGCCCCUUGAACAAAAAGAAGUUCAUCACCUACAAUAAAAGGAGGAGAUUCAUAAACACUGCUUCCCGCUAAUCUCCUCGAGACCAGAUUAAAACCUCUUUCAAAAUCAAGAAUAACAAUCCAUAUAGACGUAUCAGUCCCAACAAUAAGCCCUUUUUCCAUCGGUCUAAACCAACGAAUUUCAGACAUCGUAUCAUCCGUUACUGCGGUAGAUAGGGACUUACGAUAAUAAAGAUUUCCCUCUAUCGUAUCAGGGCUAAAAUCAUUAAAUACAUUAUAGCCAGAGAAAUAAAUAGCUUGAGGAUCAAACUGUGAUCCAGAAAAAACAGAGCCUGUUCUGAUAAAAAGACACAUGAGAGGGAUACCCCUCAGUUUUCCCCCAAGCACUCAUAUUCCAAUGUGAAAUAAAAUGAUCAUCGGUAACACAAUAAUCCUUGCGAAAAUCAACAGUAGCGGAGCCCCCCCCAACAACAUUGACGAUUUCCCCCCAAACGUAAUAUGGGGUUCUAUAUUUCCCCCCAGUUCCAAGAGUGGCUUUGCCGUCUUUAUCAACGCUCAGCGUUUGGGAAGCUGAUAUAAGCUUCCAUGUAACCGUGCCGUCUUUAAGAUAAGUGUCUCUUUUAUUGUCCUCCCAAUUGUCUCCUGAUACUCCUCCUGAAACGCUCUGAUAUACUUUUCCAUACAUCUGAAUAAACGCAUUCUCAGGGUAUAAAGUAUUUUUUUGCCAUCCUUGAGGAAGCCACCCAAUGCGAAGCAUUCGUCCAAUAUCACUUUGCUUGAAUAAAGGGAGUGAGGAUCUAACUGUCAUCUUCCCUUUUCGGUUAGUAGAGAGGUCAACUUUCAAUUGAGCAUCAUGCUUUUUCCCACCUACCUGACGCCGUCCUAACCAUGGAGGAGGCUCAAAUGUUAUCUUCUCAAAAAUAAUACCUAAAUCCGUAAACUCUAUUUUGUGAGGCGGAUGCCGAUGUGAGGCUAAUACAAUAAAAUUCCCCAUACGGGCAAAAUAAAGAUGUUCGGCUUCGUGAUGGUUAUAAGGCGUAUCCCAGGAAUGAAUAAACUGAGGUGUUUUCGUUCCUGUAACUGAAAUAUACACCAUCUGCUUUUCGCCCAAGAUAAACAAAGCAGUCUCAUCACCACCUAAAGCAAAAGAAAGUAUGCGACUUGCUUGAGGGGGGAGCUUUAUGUGUCCAUAAAGCCUCAACGGGGGUCUUCUCACCAGCGAGCCGUCCUGCAAAGGAAUCAAAUUAAAACAUUGAGACAUACCCCGAGAAUGCAUCUCAAGAUCACUGCGAGACUGAAUAAUCUGAGGAGAAUAUUCACCACCAACAAAAGAACGCUUUGUGAACGCUACAUUGGGCAUCUCUAAUACUCCCUAUCCUCAGUAAUUUCUAUUCCGUCCAUGUCAAUCGCCGUUUUCUUCAAUUCUUCAAAUUCAGCUUUGAGACGCAGUGCCAGUUGAGAAUCUGCCGUCAAAGUUGGGCAUAAUUCACUCGCUAACUUGCAAGCAACCGCUUCUUGAUAGAGAGGGUCGCAAUCGGAUAAAGAAACCUCAUCAAUAUACUCGAUAGAAAGAGUGUGAGAGGAUCUCUCUUUGGCAACAAUACAAUCACCCUUUAAUUCUCCGUCUCCUCCUAUCUUGACAACUUUGUUCAAUUGUAGUUUAACUCUUAUUUAGAUUUCUUGUAAUUGAAAAUUUGGAAAGAUUCAAGAUUACACUUGAAAGAACCACAAGCAUGUACGAGCUCUGUCCAUAAAGAUUAAUUGUUAAUAUCGGUAGUCGUGAGAGUUCAAACAUUCGACACGUCAAUUAAAAAUUCGGAUUUAAUGUCAAAAACUAGUUAACCUCGCUGAUUUAACAUGUUCAGAUUUGAGUAUAUAAAAUUUUACCAUUCAUUUACAGAAGAAAAUUAUGAGUCCCCUCCACAGUCUACUCCUCCUAUCUUAUCCACUAUCUUCCUUCCGAUUUUUCAUUUCAAUUCUCACAAGGCGCGGAUAUUUCAUUUACCAGAAAUUGGAUCGUUGUACAGGUAAGAGAAUCAGAGCUGAAUGGGAGAAAGGAGAAAAAUGUUGUCCACAUAAACAAGUGCAGGUAUACAUACUAGUUCCUUACCCCCAAUAUCCCAUGAUCGAUCCAUAAAAAAGUGUUGCUUUACUUGGUGCCUCUUACAUAUUGUAUUUUUUUUUAUAAUGAGGAGCAUCAUCUGUUUUGGCAUGCAGGUUCUUGGAACAGAGCAAUUGUGUAGGAAUGUGCAGCAAUCUGUGCAAGGUGCCGUCUCAAACCUUCAUCAGCGGCUCCUUUGGAAUGCCGGUCAACAUGGUUCCUAGUAAGUUAGCAGCAGCUGCUGCUUUCAUUUCGUAGUCAGUAAUCAUAUCAUCAUGUGAAUCCACAGACACUAGACAAAACUGCAGAGGCAAGAUUUAGUGGUAUUUGUCUCCAUUCCACCGAACCCUAGCUAAUUGCAGGGGGGAAAGUGAAAACAAGUUUCAUUAGAAAACCCCAUAGGUGGAGUGGAGUUUUCCUGCAGAAAUUUGUUGAUGGAGGGAGGGAGGGACCCAGAGCUCAACCCACUUAAGGAGCAAACAUGCAACUAGACCCCAUUCGGUCUCUGGUUAUAUAGUCAUAGUUCGGACCAAAAUAAGGUAGUAACCCAAUUUGAAAAGCAAAAUCUUAAUGCAUACUGCAAUACCCAAGUAAUAUUCAUAGAUUUCAACUCUCUGAUUGAUGAUUAUGCAGAUUUUGAUGAUAUGAGUUGCGAGAUGAUAUUUGGGCAGGAACCCCCACCAUUAACUGAAGAUCCAGCUUUCAAGCAACCAUGUUUCAAACUAUGUAUGAUGUCUCACCCCGUGUCUCAUCACUUUGGUUACAAUUGAGAGACUGCAGACAAUUUGUUGACUUUGCAUUUUGUUGGAUAUGUUGCAGGCAAAAUAAACAGAAGCCACAAAGACAACUGCAGAAGUUGAAGGGAUGCAGUGCAAAGAGUGGAGAAUUACUCUUUUCUGCAACAAGAACCUAACCUUGCUUGCUUGUAACAUACACCGACCUUACUCACCGUGGUACAAGCCAGUUUCAGAUACCCAUAUUUCUAGAAGUCUUGCAAUGCCAAUUCCAUAAGGAUCACAUUAAAGAAAGGUGCUUUCUCUAGUUUAUACAUUACAUCUUGCUGACUGUUAAUCAGAUCGAGGGCUUGCUCAUUGUCAGCAGUAACAGAUCAUAGAAGUGAAUCUUCAUGAUCACCAUGUUGCUGACUUGUCAUCUAGGCUGGCUGUAGCAGUAGAAAUUUGGUCUCGUCACUCAUGUUCCAAUACGAGGAAUAGCUUCAGCCAUAACUGUUGAUGGCGAAGAAAGAAACUGAAGAAAAUAUUAUCCUCCCUUAAUUAGCUCUUGGCCAAAAAAAACCCAGUAUCUCGGUCUGCCGCCCAUGCCCAAGCGAAUGGGCUAGGUUUUCCAACUGUUAUUUCACUUGUUUGGGCUUCAGAGAUGAGCGAUUGGGCCGCUUGUACCAGCUCCUCGGCACCAAUUCAGCCGGCCUGUGGCUGGCUACCACUGUCCAAGUACACAUGAUAGGAUUUACAAGUUCCAAUUAUUCAAGUUCACAAACCCAUGGUUACACAUUGAUUAACAUUUAACAAUGAUAAACUGACUUAUUGGAUUUGGGUGACGGAUUUUCUACCUAAAUUUCAAACAUGACCGAUUUAGCAUAAAUAUUUUGUUUACUUGUGAAAAAUGGAAAAAAAUAAAAUUUGUGAAAUUCACAGAUUUGUAAAUUUCAAAUGAAAUAUGAGACUUGAGAUAUCGGUCUAAAUUCGUGAUGGUUUAAAAAUAUUUUAUGCUCAUAAAUUAUAUUGUAGUACGAUGUUUUUCCUUUGUUGCAUUUUCUUUGCGAGAUGAAGUGAUGAACUUGAUCGAAUACCAACCGAAUUGCUUUCAUUUUUUGCAGUACGGCAAGAGAGUAAUAGUAUUUGACGAUUAUUGAAGACUAACAUCCCAAAAAACCCUCUAUUCUUCUUCUUGCCGAUAUAAAACACAAGAAGCUGUCAGGGUCAUCAUUUUCUAAAUUUGUGAAAUAACGAUGGCCGUAGAUGUGAAACUGCCAUUGAAGUUUCUCGCAUUUUAAAGUUUUGUGGCAAAUGAUUGUACGAACUUGCUAUAAGAAUUAAGAACUAUAUACCGUGAUUAGCUGCACAAUAUAAAAGUCUGGUGACU